AUGCCUCUUUGUGGUAGUGGUCCAAAAACUAGUAUGUAUUAUUAUAGCGACUAUUAAAUUCAUAUACUAACGCUUUUAGUACAACGAAAAAUUGUUAUUUUAGGAGAUGGUGCCUGUGGUAAAACUUCAUUAUUAAAUGUUUUUACAAGAGGUUAUUUUCCUCAAGUUUAUGAACCAACUGUUUUUGAAAAUUAUGUGCAUGAUAUUUUUAUUGAUGGACAAUCUGUUCAAUUGAGUUUAUGGGAUACUGCUGGUCAAGAAGAAUUUGAUAGAUUAAGAUCUUUAUCAUAUUCUGAUACUCAUUGUAUAAUGUUAUGUUUUUCAGUUGAUUCUCCUGAUUCAUUAGAAAAUGUUCAAAGUAAAUGGGUUGGAGAAAUUGCUGAUCAUUGUGAAGGUGUUAAAUUAGUAUUGGUGGCAUUAAAGUGUGAUUUAAGAAAUAAUGAAGAUGAACCUGAACAUCAUCAAUAUAAUAAUUAUAAUCAACAACAAAAUCCUUAUGGAUCAAAUAAAAGAUUAAUAUCUUAUGAUGAGGGUUUAGCUGUUGCCAAAAGAAUCGGAGCUUUAAGAUAUUUAGAAUGCUCAGCUAAAAAGAAUAAAGGUGUUAAUGAAGCAUUUUCAGAAGCUGCUAGAUGCGCUUUAAAUGCAAGACCAAAAGGUGCAAAUGAUAAUGAACCAGAAAAGAAAGGAUGUAUAAUAGUGUGA